AAGACAAAUUUUUUUUUCAAAAAUGUCACUAAUUUUAGCGCGACGGCCCGUCAUAUACUCACCAAUUUUCAAUUUUAGCGUUUUAGUUUCUUUCUACUUCUAGAACAAUCCACCAGUAUAUAGCAAUAGCACGGUUCUGUUUCCAGCGCAUUGCAGCACGCUACUGGAUGUCGUCGUCGUCGUCCCACUCUCAACUUUCACUUAUGACUCUGUCCGAGGAGAAGGCACACCACGGAGAACUGAUUGAUCGAAUCAGUGACUUACCAUGUAAUGUCAUUGAUGGCAUCCUAGAACACUUGAACAUCCAAGAACUAGUUUGUACCAGUCUUCUGUCUAGAAAUUGGAGGUAUGUGUGGCAUACAGUCCCAAAACUUAGGUUUUGUGAGGACUUUUUCUUUAGGUUCGACGAUCUCGAUGACCCUGGACCUGAAAUUAAUAGAAUUAUCACUGAUGUUCUUUUCCAACACAAUGGGCCGAUAUAUGAGUUUACUCUUGAAAUCCCUUUGGACUCCAAUUUCUUGAUCUCAACUGAAUACCUCAAUAAGUGGAUUUUGUUUUUGUCAAGGAGGGGCAUUAAAAAACUUGACCUUUCAAAUUAUGGAACAUUGUCCGAUAAAAUCCCAUCUCAUGUCUUCUCUUGUCAAGAAUUGACUCACUUUUGGUUUUCCGGAUUUAACUUGUCAGUUCACCCUAAUUUCUGUGGCUUAAAAAGUUUGCUGGGCCUUUACUUAGCAAAUAAUACAUAUGAAUUUGGUGCACUUGAGACUCUUACAUAUGGUUGCCCAUUACUUAAGAUGCUUACGGUGGAAAUACUUCAAGAUAUCAAGUCAAUUUGUCUCGAGAAAGCAAAGAAUCUGACUGAUCUCCGAAUCAUGGUUAAUCACGAGAGCGUAUCUGGUUUGAUCAAAAGUUUGCCAAAAAUUCAGAGGCUCACUCUAGUUACAUAUGUUUUCGACAAGACGUUCUAUGCAGAUAUCAUUCCUCCUUCUCAACUAAUAAGCUUAAAGUAUCUGAAAUUAGAAGGUGUGAAUUUGGCUGAACGAGGAGAGCUUUUGUAUAUUGUCAGUGUACUCAAAAGUGCUUCUAACCUGGUGGAAUUUGUUAUAGAGAGUUACAGCGAUAAUUGUGAACUAGAGCCAUACCAACUGGAGGGGUUAGAAUGCAAUAGUUGUUGCUUUAGUCAACUUCAGACAGUGAAAAUCAAAGUUGGAUCCGACAACUUCAAACAUGCAAUGAGUUUGAUGCGGUUCAUACUUGCAAAUUCCUCAUCAUUAAAGACUCUUGCUUUUAAAGUUCAUUUUGGUAAGGACUUGGAUCCAGUUGUGCUGUUAAGCAUUUCACGAGAUUUGUUAUUGAUGGAACGAGCAUCACAAAGAGCACGCAUUGAAUUUACUUACAGAGAAUAGAUGUUCAAUUGUGAAAUGUAUUUGUUUUAAGCUUUCAACACCACAAUUUCCAACAUCUGUAAAUACAUGUGCUGAGCAUGUUUUUUGUGAUCUUUUCGCAAUUUAAAAAACCCAGCUUGUCCAAACACACUAGAGAAGGGUCAUUUUCGUCAUAUCUUUAAAGUCCUAUGGCUCGGAGCUCCUAUCCUACUGAGUCAUCCACUUCUAUUGCUUCUUAAUUCUUAUAUCUCAUAUCUAUCAUGUGUAAUGGGAAAUUUCACAUGAGAUUAAUUAGGAUUUUAGGCUAGGUGUAGUAGGUUACACAUGAACUCUCUUUUGUUCUGGAGACAAUUUGAAUAUUUUGUAGAUUAUACUUGAUUUUAAUGAUUCAUGUCCUUAAUUCUA